UCCUCUUGGUCCCGUUCCCAAGUGUUGGUGAAUGCAUAGUUGAUCAAUUUCAUCCACACCUUCUUCGGCAGGUAGGGUGUCAAGAUAGUCCGUCUGUCUACAAGUCCUAGGAAGUAAAGACACAGAAUUCCUAAACAAAUUUUAUUUAUGCAAACAAUUUUAACAUACUGAGAGAAAAAUAAAACGUAGGUUAGUUGAUGCAAAGAACAGAGAGAGAGAGAGAGAGAGAGAGAGACUCUUGUGCGACAAAUUCGGUCCUGUAGAGAGACAUGGCAGGCAGUGGCUCUUCAAACCCGACGCAAGGUCCCAAGAUAUUACUAACGAAGCCUGGCCUCGUCACCUCCGGUAAAUUCAACCGUGGAGGCGGCGGCGGUCACGAUGAGGACUCCGCUUCACUCCGGUCACGCCUUCAAUCAAUUGGGUCUCUUAACCUCCUCUCAGAUUCCUGGGAUUUCCAGAUCGAACGAUUCCUUCCGUUUUUAACAGAUAACACAGAUUUUACUGUUGUGGGUGUGAUUGGACCGCCUGGGGUGGGCAAAUCAACCAUUUUGAAUGAAAUCUAUGGUUUUGAUCCUUCCUCAUCUGGAAUGCUACCCCCAUUUGCGGUAGAAUCGGAGGAAACGAGAGCAACGGGGAGGCACUGUACUGUUGGUAUUGAGCCUGGGAUUUCCUCUGAAAGGAUUAUACUUCUGGACACUCAGCCUGUGUUUAGUCCUUCUGUGUUAGCUGAGAUGAUUCGGCCUGAUGGUUCAUCUACGGUAUCUGUAAUAAGUGGUGAGUCUCUGUCUGCAGAGUUGGCUCAUGAACUGAUGAGUAUCCAGCUUGGCGUUCUUCUUGCAUCAGUUUGUCAUAUAAUCUUGGUGGUAUCGGAGGGAGUUCAUGAUGAUAGCAUGUGGCACUUGAUGUUGACGGUGGAUUUAUUAAAACAUGGCAUACCCGACCCAUCUUCCUUGACCUUUUCUCAUCCACAGAGCUCUACUAUGGGUGCUGAUAAAGAAAAGGAUAAACUUCUAGAGGGUGGAGAUGAGUACAUUGCUGCCCCAGUUUUUGUGCAUACAAGGCUUCGUGACAGAGAUGUUGCACCACAAAAUUUUGUACAAAUGAAAAAGGCCCUUGCACGAGGUUUUAGGUCUUCUUCAUUUAUGAGAUUGAAAAGCCGAGAUGCAUCAAAAGAUGCUCACUCUUCUGACACUCAAAUUGAUGACAUAGAUUCCAACCUGAAAUUGUUUCUAAUACCAUCCAAGGGUAGAGACGACUCCUCAAGACCACAGUAUGAGAGCUAUAUUUCCAUGCUGUGGAAAGUAAGGGAUCAGGUUUUAUCUACCAGUGGCCCAUCUUUCUCAAGGAUUGUGUCUGAACGCGACUGGUUGAAGAAUUCUGCCAAAAUAUGGGAACAAGUUAAGAACUCUCCAAUUAUUGCUGAUUACUGCAGAACUCUCCAGAGUUCAGGCUUGUUUCGGAAGUAGACGACUUUCUUUGUUACAGUUGUCCCACUAAAGCAGUUCUUAUGACUGUCUGGUGUAGCUUAUUGGGCAAUACUGUGAUGAUCAGUGUGUCUUGUAAUCUAUUUCCAGACACUUGUUUUACAUUGCUAGUUAUAUUCUGGAUGCAUCAGACGUUACUUUUACUAUAGAUGCUAAUUAUCUUUUCCUCUAA